AUGGCAGUAGACGCGCAUUCGCUUGCUGAUUCGCUCCUCCUUCUGCCGGAUUUCUCUCCGAAGCUCUCAAAGCACAAAGCCUCAGCGAAAAUCGAGGUGAUCAGAACUGAGGAAACCAACGAGGAAUUUGGACCUUCUUGGAAGUUACCUCAGGUACCGCAGGAGUCGAACAACUCACACGAUGACGAGGAGGACGAUGGCGUUGAAAUCUGGAUUGGAGAUCCAGGGCACACGUUUGAAGUUCCCAAGGAGUUCAAGGCCCGGCGGCAACAGAGACAGGACAUGCGCGAUGAGCAGAACUAUAUCCUCCAAGAUUGGCUCAGAAAGCACGGAUUCUCACGAGAUGUCACUGAGCCUCGCAUGCCCAAAGGCUGUUUCAUCUGGAAGGAGGAAACCGUUUGGCCCAUCCAUGUGGCUGCACGUUUAGGAGAUGCAGAGAUCGUACGGCUUCUGCUCUCAGCUGGGGCUGAUCCCAAGCAACGUUCGUCCAAAGGGCGCACGGCGACGGAUAUGGCCCUGGAAGCCGACUUCUUUGGGUCGCACAAGGCAGUUUUCCAGACCAUGGAGGUACAGGU